ACCACGCAUUCUUCUCCCACACAGGAAAACAGAACUCAACACAGAACCUAUUCUUUCUUUCUUUUCAUGUCACAAGUUUUUCUCACUUUUUCCCUUACCUUUCUCAUCAACUCCCUCAAACCCCAAUUCUAACAUGAAUGGCUUCAGAGAAGAGAACUCCUUUUGCUAUUUCCACCCUAAAGAGUUGGUUGUGGGGGUCUGCUCGCUCUGCCUGACUGAGAGGCUUCUGAUCUUGUCUGCCAAAAAAGGCCGCCACCACCACCGCCACCAUGUUUCCUCCGUCAGAGGUGGCAGAGGCGGCAGUGCAGCAGUGGCCAUAAAAACCCAAAUGGCAUGCACAAGAAGGCACCCAUUCGCCUCCCCAAGAUCUUUGCUUUCAGCUCUUUCCUCAAUCGGCAGUGGAAACCUGACGACGGCGCAGAUCAAGAGGCUUCCACCAGCCAAGAAGGUAAGUACUUUUUCUUGUGGAAAAUGGUGUGAGCACGUGUGGUUUGCAUAUGAUUGCAUGCAUUUGAGCUUUGUCCUAAGAACUCGAUCUGAAUGAGAUAGUAGGCCAUUGGGGGUUUUCUCACUACCGAAAAAGAUUGUAAAAAAUGUGCAUGUCUGAAUUUUCUUGGCAACCAUGAUCACAUAUUCGCACUGCCAAUUGCUUUUGCAGACUCAUUCAUAUCAAUCAAGUUUGAAGACAAUGGAGUAACCUCAUGGGAGAAGAACAAAGUCUCUAAGGUCUCUCUAGAUCAUUGCAACAUGUCCUGGAAUCACAACUUCAGGAAGGAAGCCAAGGAAGCCAAGGAAACCAAGGAGGCAAGGGAUACCAAGAGCGUGAUAGAGUACGGGAAAUCCCACAUCCCGCUUAGGUGGCGGAAGAGGAUUGGUCACUUGACCCAGCUCAUCAGAUGGAAGAGGUCCAACAACGGCAGUGUGUGCCAUGUCAGCAACAAGGUGGAGGGUGUCAAGGUAAGGAAGGGUUGGAUAAGAAGCUUGACAAAGAGGAGAUGAGCCAUGGAAUAAAGGGGGUUUGUACAGUAAGUGACACAAGUCUUCCUCCACCAUGCUCAUCUGUGGGUAGAAGCUCCAAUCCAUAAAGUCAUAUAUUAUUGAGAGGGGGGAGUAGGGGUGGUAUUAGUGUCAAAAACCCUAAAAAGUGCUUUUGUUAUCUGGCUUUCAACUCUUUGGGGCUUCUUUUUUCUUUUGGUUUCUUUCAUUUCGUUAAAGGAGUACAGGCUGUAAAAGGAGGGAUCUAGAAAUAUAUGUGCUUUGGUUUCACAUUGUUAUAAAGAUGAAAUUUAAAUUUGUAAAA